AUGUCAUCAAGUGAAAGCUUAAGCAUUGGUGAUAAGCAUUCACAUUACAAAAAAGAUGAGGAGGAUGUAAGAUCUUACACCGAAUCUGCCAAAUCCUUCGACGGUUACCCAGAACCUCAACCUGGUGAAAAUAUGGACAUUGACACUCAAUUGUCUCGUCAAUUGUCCAAGAUCUUAUCCUCUGAAAAAGAUGUCGAAAGGUUAGAAGCUCUUUCUCGUGUUAUUUCUACAAAGACUAAAAAGGAAAUGGAUGCCUUCGAAGUCAAUGACUUGGAUUUCGAUUUACGUGCUCUAUUGAAUUAUUUACGUUCUCGUCAAUUAGAACAAGGUAUUGAACCUGGUGAUUCUGGUGUUGCCUUCAAAAAUUUAACUGCUGUCGGUAUCGAUGCUUCCGCUGCUUAUGGUCCAUCUGUCGAAGAAAUGGUUAGAAAUUUCACCAACAUUCCUCACCGUAUCCUUAAUAAAUUCCGUAAGACCAAUGAUACUCCAAUGAGAAACAUUAUUCAAAAUUGUACUGGUAUUAUUGAAUCCGGUGAAAUGUUAUUUGUAGUUGGUAGACCAGGUGCUGGUUGUUCUACACUUUUAAAAACCAUUUCUGGUGAAACUUCAGAAUUACAAGAGAUCAAUGGUGAAUUUUCUUAUGAUGGGUUAGAUCAACAUGAAAUGAUGUCCAAUUAUAAGGGUUAUGUCAUUUAUGUACCAGAAUUGGAUAACCAUUUCCCAAAGAUUACUGUCAAGGAAACUAUCGAUUUUGCUUUGAAAUGUAAGACUCCAAAGACACGUAUUGAUAAUAUGUCUCAAAAAGAAUAUGUUGAUAAUCUAAGAGAUUUGUGGUGUACUGUCUUUGGUUUAAGACACACUUAUGCUACUAAAGUCGGUAAUGAUUUCGUUAGAGGUGUUUCUGGUGGUGAAAGAAAGAGAGUUUCCUUAGUUGAAGCUCAAGCCAUGUCUGCUUCUAUUUAUUCUUGGGAUAACGCUACAAGAGGUUUAGAUGCCUCCACUGCUUUGGAAUUCGCUCAAGCCAUCAGAACUGCCACCAAUAUGAUGAACAAUUCCGCCAUUGUUGCAAUUUAUCAAGCUGGUGAAAACAUUUAUGAAUUAUUCGAUAAGACUACUGUUCUUUAUAAUGGUAAACAAAUCUAUUUCGGUCCAGCUGAUGAAGCUGUUGCUUAUUUCCAAAGAAUGGGUUGGGUUAAACCAGAUAGAAUGACUUCUGCUGAAUUCUUAACUUCAGUCACUGUCGAUUUCGAAAAUAGAACUUUAGAAAUUGUUCCAGGUUAUGAAAAUAAAGUUCCAAGAUCUGGUGCUGAAUUCGAAAAAAUGUGGUUAGAAUCUCCAGAAUAUCAAGAAUUAUUAGAUCAAUAUGAUGAUUAUCAAGCAAGACAUCCAGCUAAUGAAACUCGUGAUAGAUUGGCUGUUGCUAAAGAACAAAGAGCUCAAGCCGGUGUUAGACACAAAUCUCAAUUCACUGUCUCAUAUUGGUCUCAAGUUCGUUAUUGUAUGCAAAGAGGUUUCCAAAGAGUUAAAGGUGAUGCCACUUAUACAAAAGUUUAUUUGUCUUCUUUCUUAAUUAAAGGUUUGGUUAUUGGGUCUAUGUUCCACAGAAUUGAUGAUAAAUCUCAAUCAACAACUUCUGGUGCUUAUUCUCGUGGUGGUUUAUUGUUCUACGUUUUAUUGUUUGCUGCUGUUACUUCUUUGGCUGAAAUUUCUAAUUCUUUCGCUAAUAGACCUAUUGUCGUGAAACAUCGUUCUUAUUCCAUGUAUCAUAUCUCUGCUGAAGCUUUACAAGAAAUUAUUACUGAAAUCCCAACCAAAUUUUUAGCCAUUGUUAUGUUAGCCUUAUUAACUUAUUGGAUGCCUUAUUUGAAAUAUGAAGCAGGUCCUUUCUUCCAAUACUUCUUAUACUUGUUUACUGUUCAACAAUGUACUUCUUUCAUUUUCAAAUUGGUUGCUACUACUACUACUGAUGGUACUACUGCUCACGCUAUUGGUGGUCUUUGGGUUUUAAUGUUAUGUGUUUAUACAGGGUUUGUUUUACCAGUUGGUUCUAUGCAUCAUUGGAUUAAAUGGUUCCAUUUCUUAAAUCCUUUGAAUUACGGGUUUGAAUCUUUAAUGGCCACUGAAUUCCAUGGUAGACAAAUGUUAUGUUCUCAAUUGAUUCCUUCAGGUAGAGGUUAUGAAAAUGUUGAUAUUGCUAACCAAGUCUGUAACGCUGUCGGUGCCGUGAAGGGUCAAUUAUACGUUUCUGGUGACAAAUAUAUUGAUCAUAGUUAUCAUUUCGCUUAUAAACAUGCUUGGAGAAACUGGGGUGUUAAUGUCGUCUGGACUUUUGGUUAUAUUGUUGCAAAUGUUGCCUUAUCUGAAUAUAUGAAACCUGUUUCUGCUGGGGGUGAUCUUUUAUUAUAUAAGAGAGGUCAUAUGCCAACCUUUGGUACUGAAAACGCUGAUGCUAAGACUGCCACUAGAGAAGAAAUGAUGGAAGCUUUGAAUGGUCCAAAUGUCGAUUUGAAAGCUGUUAUCGAAGCCAAAGAUGUUUACACCUGGAAUCAUUUGGAUUAUGUUAUCCCUUACGACGGUGCUACUAGACAAUUACUAUCUGAUGUUUUCGGUUAUGUUAAACCAGGUAAGAUGACUGCUUUAAUGGGUGAAUCUGGUGCUGGUAAGACUACUCUAUUGAAUGUUUUAGCUCAAAGAAUUAAUAUGGGUACCAUUACUGGUGAUAUGUUGGUUAACGGUAAGUCUUUACCAGCUUCCUUCAAUAGAUCUUGUGGUUACGUCGCUCAAGCAGAUAACCAUAUGGCUGAAUUGUCUGUUAGAGAAUCUUUAAGAUUUGCUGCUUUAUUGAGACAACCUCAAUCCACUCCUGUCGAAGAAAAAUUGGAAUACGUCGAAAAGAUUAUUUUAUUACUAGGUAUGCAAAAUUAUGCUGAAGCUUUAGUUGGUCAAACUGGUAGAGGUCUAAAUGUCGAACAAAGAAAGAAAUUAUCUAUUGGUGUCGAAUUGGUCGCUAAACCUUCAUUGUUAUUAUUCUUGGAUGAACCUACUUCUGGUUUGGAUUCUCAAUCUGCUUGGUCUAUUGUUCAAUUCAUGAGAGCUUUGGCUGAUUCUGGUCAAUCUAUCUUAUGUACUAUCCAUCAACCUUCUGCUACAUUAUUCGAAGUUUUUGAUAGAUUAUUAUUGUUGAAAAAGGGUGGUAAGAUGGUUUAUUUCGGUGAUAUUGGUCCUCAUUCCUCUACUUUGUUAAGUUAUUUUGAACGUCAAUCUGGUAUUAAGUGUGGUAAAUCUGAAAACCCUGCUGAAUAUAUUUUGAAUUGUAUUGGUGCUGGUGCAACCGCUUCAGUAGAAGCUGAUUGGCAUGAUCUAUGGUUGGAAUCCCCAGAAUGUGCUUUUGAAAGGGCUGCUGUUGAUGAAUUACAUGAAAAAUUGAUGUCUAGAACUACUGCUGAUGAUCCAGAAUUGGCUGGUAAAUUUGCUGCUCCUUACUCUACUCAAAUCAGAAUCGUAUUACAUAGAACUUUCUUGCAAUUCUGGAGAUCUCCUAUUUACAUUAGAGCCAAGUUUACAGAAGCUGUUACUUGUGCUUUAUUCGUUGGUUUAUCUUAUGUUGGUGUCAAUCAUUCUAUUGGUGGUGCAACUGAAGCUUUCUCUUCGUGUUUUAUGUUAUUGUUAAUUGCUUUGGCUAUGAUUAAUCAAUUAUGUGUUUUUGCUUUUGAAUCAAGAGAAUUAUAUGAGGUCAGAGAAGCUGCUUCCAAUACUUUCCACUGGUCUGCUUUAUUGUUAUGCCAUUGUUGGGUCGAAACUAGUUGGUCUAUUGCCACUCAAUUCUUGUGUUACUUAUUCUAUUACUGGCCUGCUCAAUUUAACGGUCGUGCUGCUGAGGCUGGGUUCUUCUUCUUCUUCUACGUAUUGAUUUUCCCAAUCUAUUUUGUCUCGUACGGUUUAUGGUUAUUAUACUUGUCUCCAGAUGUUCCAUCUGCCAAUAUGAUCAAUUCCAAUUUAUUUGCUGCUAUGUUGUUAUUCUGUGGUAUUUUACAACCAAAGGAAAAGAUGCCAGGUUUCUGGAGAGCUUUAAUGUACCAAGUUUCUCCAUUCACUUAUGUUGUCCAAGCUUUAGUUGGUCCAGUUGUUCAUAACAAGAAAGUCAUCUGUAAUCAUAAUGAAUUCAACGUUUUUGACCCACCUGCAGAUCAAACUUGUGCCUCUUACAUGACUACUUUCAUUGAAGAUCACGGUGGCUAUUUAAAGAAUCCAAACGCUACUUCUGAUUGUCACUAUUGUUUGUAUGACCUUCAAGAUGAAGUUGUUCUUCAAUAUAAUGUUAAGUUCCAUCAAAGAUGGAGAAAUUUCGGUUUCAUGUGGGCAUACAUUAUCUUCAAUUAUUGUGCUAUGUUGAUAUGUUACUAUGUCAUGAGAGUCAAGGUCUGGUCCUUAAAAUCAGUAUUAGAUUUCAAGAAAUGGUUUAAUGGUCCAAAGAAAGAUAGACAUGAAAAGGAUUCUACCAUUUUCCAACAAAAAGCUGGUGAUACAGCUAAGGUUCAAAAAUCAGCUUAA